AUGGCGGAGUCGAUCGACUACGAAACGACAGACGUAGUCAUCUGUGGCUGUGGCCCGACAGGCGCGCUGCUCUCCGCAUAUCUGAGCCGCAUGUCGGUGGCCCAUAUUGUUCUGGAGAAAGAGACUGCCAUCACGACCGACCCGCGCGGGAUCGCACUGGAUGAGGAUGGGAUUCGCCUUCUCCAGGGGGUUGGACUUUAUGACAAGAUCUACACCGAAAUCGGCACCUGCAUGGGGCAGUUCCAGUUUAUAGGCGGGACGCAAAGGUCGCUGCGGCAGAAGCCCUUUUUGCAGAUGGAUUACUCUACGUACUAUGCAUUUGAGGACUCCAAACUCACUCUCCUGCGUGAUAACCAGACCGAGGGCGGCACCGGGCACGUUGGGUUUAUAUGCCACAAGCAGCCCGUCCUGGAGAAACACCUGCGCGAGGCAAUGCAUGCCCCCGGGGUCUCUGCGUUGCGAUCUGGCUGCUUGGUAUCGCAUCUUUCAGAGGACAGGGACUGGACGUACUGCCACUAUCUUGACAGCCAGGGGAACACGCACGCGAUCCGGUCGCGGUUCUUCGUCGGCGCAGAUGGGAAAACUGGGUACACGCGCAAGAUGUACCUGGAGCCGCAGGGGGUUCAGAUGGAGGCUGCAAACCACGCCUUCUAUGACGAGACCUGGGUAGCGCUCAACUGGGAGAUCACUCUCCCAACGCCGCAGAGCCACCCGGACUUCCCGCUCUGGUCCAAGGGAUACACACCCGAGCAAGUCUAUGAUACCUUCUUCCCUGCCGACUUCCGAUUCCUGUGCAAUCCGGAUCGUCCGGCGGUCUGUGGGCGGUUUGGCCUGCCCCGAGAUCGCCUGUGGCGCUUUGAGUUUGUGGUGCAUGCAGAUGAGGAUGGGGAGCGCAUGGCUGAGAAGGAUAUGAUCAUGAAGGUCGUGUUCCCGUAUAUCACCCAUCCAGGGAGUCUGUACGGACUCACGCAAGACGUUCAAUUCCCAGAAGACUGCAUUCGCGUCCUCAGAUCGCGUCCGUUCCGUUUCUCCGCCCGCAGCUGCAAUCGCUGGGCACAAGGCCGCGUUGUCCUGUGCGGCGAUGCUGCACACGUCUUCCCUCCAUUCGGCGGCCAGGGCAUCGCAUCCGGCUUCCGCGACGCCGCCUCCCUCGCCUGGCGACUCGCACUCCUAUGCCGGAACCAUAACCACAACCACAACCACAAGGACAGCCCGCACUCCGCAGCAGGCGCUGAUGCUCCCCGACACGCCGCGGUCCUCCGAGGCUGGUACCUCGAGCGCAAGCAACAACUCGAGCGCUCCCUCGCGUCCACAAUCCAAAACGGCCGCUUCGUCACGGAGAGCAACCCGCUCGCCAUCCUCCUCCGCUCCGUCCUCCUCUUCAUCCAGCGCCUGGUCCCCGCAUGGCGCAGGGGGCUGCGUCUUGGCCGGCGACAGGGCGGGAUGGUCCGGUACGCGCAUGAGGAGGGGAUGCCCUUCCUUCCGGAGUUUGGGGGUGGUGUGUGUCUUCCGCAGGGGUAUUGUAGGGCUAUCCCUGGGAUUCGUGGCGGUGCCGCUAUAACUACUAGUAGUACUAGUACUAGUAGUGGUAACGGCAGUACUGGCAAGCUGCAGCGCUCCGAAGAAAUCGAGGACUGCGAGGAGAGGGGGGGAAUCCGCUUUACGGAUGAUGUCAUUUUCGGCUCCUCCUCCUCCACCACCACCACAACCGCUGCUAGCCAACCGCGGCUCUUCCGGCUGCUCGUGUACCUGCGGAGCCUGGACGACCUCCCCGCCGCGCACCGGGACAUCGGAGACAUCGACCAACUGUCACGCGGGGAGAUCCACGCGGCGGACGUCGUCUUCCUCGUUGAACGCGCGGGCGCGAGCGCGGGCAAUGCACACUCGGCUGCUGUUCCUGAGAGUGACAUGCAGAGUGCUUUAUCGGCGACGUACUGGCAAAUCGCAACUGGCCCCGAAUUCGCCGCCUCGCCGCUGUGCGCGAACCGCCCCGCACCGCGCUUCUACGACCCGUACUACAUGGGCAAGGUGCUGGGCGGGAAGCGGUAUGUGGUUGUGCGGCCGGACCGGUUUGUCUUUGCUGCGGUUGAUAGUAGAGGCGAGUUGCAGAGGGCGCUUGGGGCUGCGGCGGAUUAUUUGCAGGGGCUAUCUUGA